AUGUAUUUGUUCCAGAGCACUGGUGCAGUCCUACACUCCAUCAACCCUACUGUAAACCACGGGGCAAAACUUGAACCAGCUACCAACUUCUUAGAGGAUGAAAUUCAAGCUUCUCUCAUCUUCAAAAACAUUUCUGUCUUGGUUCCUUCUAUUACAUUCACCCACAAGGACAACACAACCAGCGCUAAAAAGAGCAGAGCCGCCAUCCUGAACCCAAGGAUAAAGUACUGUGUUGGAGAGACAAUAAUUGUUCAGGUUGAGAUGUUUGAUCAUUCAGGUAACAUGAAAACAUAUGGAGGAGACUUCAUAAGAGCUAGGAUUUUUUCCACAGGGCUUAAAGCUGCAGCUUCUGGGAGAAUUGAAGAUUUUAACAAUGGAACCUAUAAUGUCCAUUUCACUUUAUUUUGGGAAGGAAAGGUUUUCUUUUCAUUGGUCCUCUACCAUCCAAGUGAGGCUGUUUCAGCAUUGUGGAGAGCAAGGAACAGGGGCUAUGGCCUAAUUGACUUCAUAGGAACAUUUACUAAUAGAACUCAUGAGGUGAAGACCGAAUGUGGAUUCCAACUGAAUACAACGAAGGACAAAUGUCAAUAUAGCAAUGAGGAAUACAACGAGAUAUUUUACUGCACUAAGCCAGAAUCUUUCCAUUGUGGUUCAUUAAUAUACCUUCAGUCUUUCAACAAAGCUCUCUCCUUUCUAAGCACAGAUGAAAAAUCUCUCUUCACCAGGGGAAAUAUUGCUAUUGAAAUCCCCAAAAACUUUGAAUCCAUUGAUGUGUCUUCAUGUACACAAUCAUCUCCUCCUCCUCCUCUGGAACAAUGCAAGAUUGGAAUGGUACCUCCAUUUCCCAGUGGAUUUGUGUUACAGAAUAAAUGGAGACCCGUAUUCUGUCACCUUGCCAACUUCACACUCCAUGAACAAAUGUACAACUGUAUAAAGGACAAAAUGAUUUAUCUCAUAGGAGACUCCACCGUUCGGCAAUGGUAUCUGUAUUUAGCGAACACAUUUAAAGGAUUUAAAAAUUUUGAUCUCCAUCGAACGGGAUUGGAGUCUAUGCUCUUAGCGGUUGAUCAGCAGGGGAACAUCAAGCUACAGUGGAAAAAGCAUAGCCAUCCAAUUAUUGCAAGUCGGUUUUACUCUGUAAAAGAUGACUACUAUGUAAGUGAGCAAAUAGACCAGCUGGAUGGAGGUCCACACUAUGUCAUCGUUAUCUGCCUGGGCCAAGACUUCAGACCUUUCCCCACCCACCUCUUCAUCAAAAGAAUUAUGAACGUGCGCAAAGCUUUGGAACGUCUCUUCUUACGCAGUCCAGACACAAAGGUUAUUAUUAAAGCAGAGAACACCAGAGAGAUGAAUAUAGAUGCUGAGAGAUUCAGUGACUUUCAUGGGUAUAUUCAGUAUCUUAUAGUAAAGGACAUCUUCAAUGGUCUUCAGGUGGCUGUGGUUGAUGCUUGGGACAUGACCAUUGCGUACAAUACAAAUAGUGUUCAUCCUCCAGAUAAUGUUAUCCAAGACCAAAUAUAUAUGUUUUUAACGUAUAUUUGCUAG